CGGCUGCUCCAUGUGCAUGAACUUGCAGGGGGGUUUCUUUUCUACAAGGACAUUGGUUAUUCAUGUGUAGAAAUGCCUCCAGUUCCACCUCAUAAUUUCUCCUGGGUGGAGCCCGGUCUAUUGGCUGGCAUGGCGAUGCCAAGACUCCCCGCCCACUAUGAGUACCUGUAUGAAAAUGGCAUCCGACACCUGAUAACGCUGACAGAGCACAAGCCACCCUAUCACGACACGUGCCCUGGUAUCACUUUACACCGAAUCCGCAUCCAGGAUUUUUGUGCUCCCAGCCUAGAACAGAUCAAGAAUUUCCUCAAGAUUGUGGAUGAUGCCAAAUCUAAGGGAGAGGCAGUAGGGGUGCACUGCUUACAUGGCUUUGGGAGGACAGGUACCAUGUUGGCUUGCUACUUGGUGAAGGUCAGGAAGAUCACCGGUGUCGAUGCCAUCAACGAGAUUCGGUGUCUCCGUCGGGGCUCCAUAGAAACGAAUGAGCAGGAAAAGGCCAUCAUACAGUUCCACCACCACAUCAAGUGACCUGCUGUGCUAUGUCCAGUCGCCCAAUGACUUGGAGAACCCAUUUCUUUGCUCAUCUUCUUCAUCCCUGAGGUCAAUAGGAGCUUUAGACUUCUACUGUGCAUGUGUUUGUAUUUAAUGUAUCUCAAGUAUAUCUAGAAUGUUGGUGGAAGCUUGCCAGAUACUCCUCCAGUUGCCCACAACUCAAUGGGGGGGGGAAUGGGGCAUUACUAUAGUGUUGGUGAUAGUGGGGACACCUGGCAUGUGUUUCUUCAUCCAAGAGGUCAAUGGGAGCUUUAGACUUCUACUGUGCAUGUGUUUGUAUUUAAUGUAUCUCAAGUAUAUCUAGAAUGUCGGUGGAAGGUUCUCCAGUUGCUCCCAACUCAACGGGGGAAAUGGGGCAUUACUAUAGCAAAGUGUUGGUGAUGGUGGGGGCACCUGACCUGUGUUUGGGGAUGAAAUGAGGGGUUGGUUUCUUACCAGAAAUCCCGGUCUAUUCCUUGAAUAUGCGAGGAACCCUUUGGAGUGUUGUAUGGAUCAGCGCCCCAAGGAAAUAGACACAGGAAUGAUUUCCAAUGAAUCCGAUGAAGAUCAUUAAUUGUUUGAUGCUGAUUGGGUUUCUAAACAUGGAGUAAAAUGUUCAGAUCCUAUUGCCUUAUCCAAGUGAUGAAUAGCUCUUCAGCCAAGGUUCUGCUACUCUCAACCCAAGAGCUGUUGAUGUCACCAGAGGGAUGGGAUAUUGGUGAUGAUGUCAUCGAGGGAGGGACCAGCAUCUGGAGUGGUUUGUUCUAAACCCACCGGAUCCACCUUGGGUUUCAGGACAACCUUCUUGUUUCUUAUUGGUAGUCAAAAACUCAUUAAAAAGCAUUAUGGGAGCUGUAGUCCAGCAAAUUCUUAAAGUGACACUGACGUCUCCAGAGCCAGCCAAUAACUUGCAGAACUAUACGUUUAUAACCCCUUUUCUUUUAUUGAUUCUAAAAGUCACCAGUUUGCUCGAUUUUCACUUAUUCGCCAGAAAAUAAAUCACAUUUAUAAUAAAGUGUCUCAAGGGCAUAGGCAGGGGGUGAUUUUCAUGUGUAUGGGGGGAGGGGGUAAUUAAAGGCAACUGGAAAGACCAAGGAAAGAGGUGCAACACUGUUAUAAACUGUUUAGUCUGUAUGGCAGCUUCUACUGAUAAAUUAUAGUUGUGUAAAACAAAUGUUAUUUUGAUUUAAUACUCAUGAGCAGAGGAGAAAAGACACUGAUAAAGUUAUAAAAACCCA